GUGAGUGAUUGGUGGGAGGAGUACAUCUACCUGAGAGGCAGGAGUCCCAUCAUGGUCAACAGUAACUUCUACGCCAUGGAUCUGCUGUACGUGAUUCCCACACACAGACAGGCAGCUCGGGCAGGGAAUGUGGUUCACGCUAUGCUGCAGUACCGACGCAAACUAGAGAGAGGAGAACAUGCACCGUUGAGGGCUCUGGGGGUGUUGCCCAUGUGUUCCUAUCAGAUGGAGAGGAUGUUCAACACCACACGUAUCCCUGGCAUAGAGACAGACUUUGUUCAGCACCUGAGUGACCGGAAGCACCUGGUGGUGUACCAUAAGGGCCGCUUCUUUAAGGUGUGGCUGUACUACGGGGGACUCAUCUGUCAUAGCAUAUCCCGUGGUCUCACUAAGGCGACCUUGGCGUACAGCUCUCAAGAUCUCACGCUUAGUCAGAGUCGUAACCGUGCAGCCCUCAUCAUCAAGAGGCUGACGGAGAAGGCUGUACGUCUACUUAAUGCCUCCAAGAGAGGCUUGCGCUUAACACCACUGGCUGAAGUACUUCAACGACGCCCUCAGCCCAAGGACUCUGGAGAGGAUAACGAGGCGACCCAGGUUCUGAAGUUCCACAGCGCUGUGGCUCUGUGCUUGAUCGCUCGCAGGGCCAUCCUACUGGAACCAUGA